AUGCAACAACAAUCCUCACCUAAACGGAUCGCGGAAAAAAGAGGUUCCAUAAUUAAGCAACCCAACGAUUCCCCAACCGUUAGUCCUUCCUAACUGAUUAAAAUGAACUCAAUAGACGUGCAAAAUCAAAAUCCUUUAGAAAUUAAGAUGUUUAAAGUAGAGAGACAAAAUCCAAGAGUAGGCGAUUUGGUAGCCGAAGAUCAUGAAGAUGAUCUCACUUAUUAAGGGAAUAUUCCUAAGAAAUUAGAAUAAAAAUAAAAGGGAGGUUACUAAAAGGAAUAUUAAAUGGCUAAAGUCGAUUAAUAAAGAGAUUCCUAUAGUCCAGACAAAUCUACGACUAAUUCAUUAAUCAUAAGUGCUUAUCCGAGUAUCAUAAAGAACUUUUAGUUUUAAUUACAAUCUGACUUUCUUACUUCUCCUAUUUAAUAAUAAGGGAUAGUUCAAUGUGCUUUUUAGAUAAACAAAUCAGGAUUUAAUACUUUUAGACCAAAGUUCUACUUUCUAAAAGAUAAUUAAUGCUAUUUGGCAGCUAAAAAGGUUGGAAAUAAAUAUCUGAUUAGUGCAGAUAAAGAAAAUAUAGAAAGGAAAUCUCCACAAUUUGUAGGACAGGUUAGUUGUAAAAAAAAUAACUAAUAUUAUUUUUAUGAUACAGGAUUGAAUCCCAAAAGGAAGAAAGAACCCUAUAGAUAAUGUCUGGGUGAGUUGCGCAUAUGUGCAAUUCCAAAAGCCAAUGAGCCCAGAUAACAGUGUUUUAAAUUUCAAAACGAUCCAAAUAAUGAAUAUCUUAAUCGAAAACCAAAAUGGGAUCCCAAACUUCAAACUUUUAUCCUCAAUUUCUAUGAAAGAGUUAAGAUUUCUUCAAUAAAGAAUUUUUAAAUGAUUCUGAAGGAUGAGAUGCCUGAAAAGAUAUAUCUAUAAUUUGGAAAGUGGGACAAGCAUUAUUUUAAUUUGGACAUAGCAGCACCAUUUAGUCCUUUGAUAGCAUUUAUGAUUGCAUUAAGCAAUUAUGAUCAAAAAUUACAGGUUUGA